GAAAGAUGUAACAAGGUUUUUCUCUCCCCAAUGAAGAAUUAAAAUACAAUUUUUGUGUAGUUUACUCACCACCGGCACGCGAUGUACCACAAAACCACCAUGUGCAAUUACAUAUUAAGCAUUAGAAUUCAAUUCACUACGUGAAUAUUUAUGUGUAAGAAUAUCGUGAACAGACGAAUGCUUUCAGUGAAAUUGUUCUUGCAUCAUAUCUUUUGCCAAUCAUUAGAUUCUAAUGUGGAAAAAAGAUUCGAAGAAAAUUCCGCAACGAAGCUUAUUUACUGCACCAACAUAAGAUAUUUAUGGAUAAUCAAAAAAGAUUCUUUGACCAGGUGCCACGGUAGAGCGCGGAAAAUGGGUCAGGAGCCAGAAAGCUGGAGUUUCUAUAAUUUGUUAGAAACAUAAGACAAAUUGCAACAUGUGAUUUGGUCUCUGUGAGAAGAAAAUAGUGCCUUUUUGAAUUCUGGAAAAGUGCGCAAACCGUUAUUAAUCACCCAGCAAAGAAUGAACGGUGUUGAGAACAUUGAGGUAUAUUGAAUGACCGAGGUGUUAAUUCCACGUGAAUUGAAUUUGCUUCAGCGAUCAUAUAAAUUGAAAGUGUUAAAGCUUAAUUUGAGUCAAUUGAAGUGAAAGACCGCGUUACAUCUUUUUUUUUUUUACUAAAAUACAAUUUCAAGUGCAAUAUUAUUCAGUGAUUGACCUUGUGUUCAUUUUAUGCAUUACCUUUUGGAUAUUUCUGUGCAAAAGAUAUAACUAUAGCGAAAAUGUCCCCUGAGCAAUUUUUUAAGUGAUCGUAAAAGAACUUGAAGUGAUCGGGUGAGAAGCGAUUGUCAGAAGUGAAACAGGAUGGUCACAUGCAAAGUGGAUUCAAUUUCCAAGAUGAGUCGUGCAAGAAGAGGAUCGUGUUCAUCAUCUGGAUUUCGACUGCUUGGUGAACAUUGUGACACAAUGUCGAGCAUUAGCAGAAAUUCCAUUUACAAGCAGAAAAUCGAUCUAAUGUUUGACGAUUCAAAAUCGAUCAUAAGUCAUCGGUUUGAUGAUCGUGCUUCGGUGAGAGAUCGCAAAGGAUCAGUUCAUGGAUCAUCCUUUCGCGGAUCUGUUCGUAGUUCCGGGAGAAAUCGCGAUCAUCGUGAGAGCAAGAGGAUCAGUAACAGUGUACAGGCUCAGAUUGAGCGGAUGUUCACCGAUGUGGCUAAAGAUGCCUCGUCCUGCCACUUCGCCGUUAGAUGUUUGGGUGCCCUGCCUCUGCCAAAUAAAGUCACCAGUCUCCAGGGUCUCCAGCAACCCCUGAGACAGCUUUACCUUAGCGGAGCAGGACAUGGAAAUCAAAAUGCUGGAAAUCUGGAUAUCAGUGCUAAGGGUCUUCGAGUGAGAUUGACCAAUGGACGUGAACCUCUUUUGACCCCAUUUCAUAAUAUCGCCGUGUGGUCAGCAGUAAAAUUUGUGGUGUCAGCUUCUGAGGGUGGAGCAGCAUUUUUACCCCUGAUCACGGAUCCUGAGAAUAUAGACAAAAGCUCCCUGUUUCGCCCGCUCAGUGCUUCAGACAAAAGACGUCUUUCCUCCAGCCUUCAUGCUCCCAUCUUCGCGGUGGUGAUGCGCUCAGCAUCUGUCCCUAAGCAACUGGAGUGCCACGCGUUCGUCUGCCAGUCGCCUGAGGAUGCCAUAGUGAUUGCUGCGACACUGUACCAAAGCCUAAUGGCUCACAUGGGCAGUGGAUCCAACGAGAAGCCACGGCGCCCCAAGAAUCGGAAUGGCGUCAGCUGCAUGAGUAUUGCGAGUAGUUCCGUGACGAAUAAACUAGGGUCGAGUAUUGCGCAGAAGUCCGUGUCUCAUAGAUCAAUUCCACCACCGGCACGUCCACCACGCAAGAAGAGGAGUGCUACGAGCUCAUUGAGCGGCGAAAGUGACGCCAUUCGAGAGGCUAUCGAGACGGAAACGUCCACAGAGGAGAGAAAGAAGAAGUCAAGCAAAAAUAAGAGAGCACCUCCGAUUCCACUUUCUAAAGUACGAUCUCUUUCAGCAGACAAACCUAGCGAAAUGUACAACUCAUCGAUGUCGUACUUGAAUGAGCAGAGCAAAGCACGGAAUAGCGCUGCAAUGCCUUUGCCCAAUUCACCCGCCCCAGAACCACCAUAUCAAACUCAAAACCAUGAUGCUUCUGGCGGAGAUAUCCUGACACGAGUUGCUAUACCUCGGUCAGGAAGUUUCCUCAAUACUAGUGGUUUGACCCGUUACAAAUCUCGUGCGACACGACGCCAUGCGGGAAAACUCGGUGGAGGUGGAGGAGUGCCUUUUUUGUCCAGAUCCCCCCUGGGCUUCAGCGAACUGUUCAACGAGUUCCGUCUUCAGGAAAAUCUGCACUCACUGGAUGAAAUUCUCAAUGCCAUAAUCAAUUCUGAUGGGAUGUCGUUCAACGACCUAAAACCUAUCUACAAGGAGUUCCUGCUCAAAUUGGCCGUUACACUCACCAAGGAUGAGCUCUAUCAACGGUCCAAGAGUAUCAUGAGAAGGCAGAAGAAGAAAAAACUCAGGAGACGAAACAGCAAUGUCCAGAAUCAGCGGAAAAAGAUGCUCGUUGGUGCAAAGGGUCUCAAGAAGGUCUUUCGUUUCGGGAAAUUUCGGAGUGGAAAAUCCAGCAAAACCAGUAAGACCCAAACCCAAAUCACCCAAACUCAGCUUCCUCAGCCGCCUAAGGAAAUUGAAAAUCACCUGAAGAAUGAACAACGUAUCAGGGCUGGAACUAGUGGUUCGGAUGUAUCGGAGGCUCGCAACGAACACACCAUGAAUGCCCAGCACAGGAACAGUUCUAGCGGGUACGUCUCCUGUUCUGAAUGCAGUUAUGAUUCUGAGGCUUGUACCUGUACAUCAGCCGAUAGAUGCUACUGCAGCUUGGGUGCUGACCAUGAGGUCAAUGCUAAGCUCACCUGCAACACGGCCAAGGCGGGUAAUCGCGAAUCCUUGAUAACCUGUCGUACAGAGGACAAGUGCUACUGCUCAAUGGGCGAAGGUGCUGAGUCUCACACGACAUGGUGUGACACGGACAGCUGCGUGAGUGCCAGCAAGUGCUACUGCGGGAGAGUGAAUACCAAUAGGGCUCUGCAGAAAUGUCGAGGUCGAAGGGAUAAUUUAGCACUGGACUAUGAAUUGUUCACAGUUGGGGGUGGAUCAGGAGACAGCGGUGACACAGAACAACGUGCACAGGAAGCUCUAAGUGUGAAGAAGAGUGUAGAAAUGGCUGCAGUUUUUGCAGAUGUGAAACUCAGUCAAACUACGGAUAUCUCAAGUCUCGCUCAGAGUCAGAGAGAACGGAAAGGUCGGUGUCCAAGGUCCAAUGCAAUCAAGAGUGACUUCACCUGUAAGUCAGAGGGGAUUUCAAAGAAGGAAUCGCGAGAUAAACUAACUAAGCGUACAUCUAAGUCUGAGGGUUACUAUCAACCAGUCAAUCCUCGACCAGUUAGUACUUCCUUGGAAGACUCCCUUGGCUAUUUGCCAUAAAUUGAUCACACUCUCUAUGCUGCGUCCUUUCCAUUUCAAAACCGAAGAAAUGCAGUACCUUCUGAUUAGCGCUAAUGUAGAUGUAGGUCGUUUUAUGUUAAAGCAUGGUGUUGGGUUGGGAUCAAGAAAACCCCCGGGCGGUUGAGGACACUUCAUCUAUCAUCCACUCUCGUAGAAAUAGAGGUUAGUGCUAGAGCAGUAUCUUGGAAUCUUGGGUCAUUUUUCUUUAAGGCUCUUUUGCAUCUCAAAUCAAUUGAAUAUAUUUUUUGCGCAAAAAUAUUCACCCAAUUGAUUUCAUCCUUCAGCAUUUCACCACAUAAGAGCCACUUCCUGUGGUCUUAAAUCCACAGACGAGAACUGAAUUUCAUUAUUCUGAGAGCUGCUCACGGAAUAUUGGGUAAUUUAGAAGGGAUUUGCAAACUGAAUGUAAUGUCUGAAUUAAAUUUUAGAAUGACAUUUUUUUCAUUUAAAAUUCUAAUUAAAUUCAAAGGCUUUAGAAUUUCUAGACUUUUUUGUUUAAAUAUUGAAUAGUAUUUUAAAUUUUCAUAUAUUUAAGUAAAGCUACAUUCUGAAAAUGGUCCAAAAUGAACAUUUCAGUAUGUAAAAAAAAUUAUAAACUAUAAAAUGAAGAAAUGAAACAGGGAAUUGAGUUAUACUUCCUAAUACUUUUCUGGAAUUUGUGUUAAAAAAAACACUUUCCGUACUUCGAUUAACAAAUACCCUGAUGGUUCUAAUUAUAUUUUUGAAUAAUUUUUGGGAUUUGAUUUUUUAUGAAAAUUGCUGCAAUGUUACUAUUUCUUUGCAUAAAUCUUCAACAGUUUAUUAUGAACAAUAGUAAAUAUAAACUGCCCCAUAUUUUUUUAUGAUGAUGUUUUAUUGCAUUCACAGAGAUAAGAGCUAUUAGGAGAAAUUUACUGCAAAGGGCAAAAAAUUAAAGCAUAAACAUUUUUACAAAGAAAUGAAACUCUAUAAUCAUUCCUGCUAUUGUGAUAAUCAUCUCAUUCGCCAUUGAGAAAGAAAAUUUACUUAUAUAGUACCUCUUAUUCCACACAAUAAACACGUUAACGUCAUCUUAUCUGAUGGGUUGGAAGUUUGUAUCAAAAUAGAGAAAGAAAAAGUUAAGGAAGAAGAUAUAAAAGCGUGGGAGACAAAUAAAAUAAAUAUAGAUUUAAGAGCAAUUAUGAAAUGCUAUUGGUAUGUCGUGCAAUAUAGGAAAUUAUUGUGCAAUCAUUCAAUUUUUUUUAUAUAUAUUCUCAUUAGUAAUGUAAGGUAUUUUAGAGGUAAUAAAAAUACAUACGAAUUGUGCAA